AGGCCAUUUCUUACCAAGGACACAUGUUUUAGAAAACGUGGAAAGGCUGCUGAGAGGAAACAUGGACUCCUUUACCACCCCUGUUAGAACUUCGGACUUUGUUUUAGCCCUGAGGGGCUUUGACCGUCCAUGGAGAAGACGUUACAUCAGCGACAGUUCUGAGGAGGAGGAGGGUGUGACCGCAGGGAGCCCUUUGGCCCACCCAUUGUUGGAUACGCCGGAAUCCGACCCCAAAACUCUCGUGAGACACCCCAAAGAGCCUGAUGACCUCUCUUUGUCCACCCUCUCAGAUCGCUGCUUGGGAGAGUCACUGGUGGACAAGGCAAACGGAAAAGAUGGCGUUCAGCAGCUCGACGAUGCCUUUCUAGAGGACCCAGAGCCCCUGGACAGCAUUGCAUCAAGCAGCGAAGAUGAACCGGGCCCACCAUGUUUUUGCUCAACACCAAUACAAAUUGUUGAAGAGGGCUCCGAGGAUGAUGAGUUUGAGGAGUUUAGGAGGAGGCUUGGCAUAGAACUAUCCGAGCCAGUGUCACGUCGUGAGCGUCAAAAAGUUAUGCGGACUAUUGUACCCAUUGCUGUUUAUGCUCUCCUUGAACACUGCCUUAGGGAAAAGCUUUUUGAAGAUUGUGAGGACUGUGUCAUAGAUGCGCCAGGCCAAUGGCACCAUGACGGUGUGACUUAG